UACUAUAAUUCCCUUUUCUGCUUGUAACCAAAAAAGUCUUCUGCCCUGCCUACCAGUUACUAAUACUUGAAUAUUUAUUUCAUAUAUAUAUUAUCUUCCCUCUAAACUUAGAAUACUUAGAACAAUGUUUGAAAUGCUUCUUCCAUAUCUAUUACCUAUUCUCUUGUUAACCCUUCCCUUACUCUUCUUCUUAACAAAACCAAACAAGAAAUCUUCAACCAACACCAACAACAUCACCAUCCCAAAAUCAUACCCUCUAAUUGGUUCCUACUUAUCCUUCCGAAACGUUGGAAACCGCCGUAUCCAAUGGCUCUCUGACAUCAUUCAAAUAGCACCCUCCGCCACUUUCAACCUCAACCGUCCCUUAGGCACCCGUCAAAUCAUCACCGGAAACCCAUCCACCGUUCAACACAUCCUCAAAAACCAAUUUUCCAAUUACCAAAAAAGCACCCUCUUCACCAAAACCCUCUAUGAUUUAUUAGACACUGGAAUCUUCAAUACAAACGGCGAAAAUUGGAAGUUUCAACGUCAAGUAGCUAGCCACGAAUUUAACACGAAAUCACUCCGUAAAUUCGUGGAAGAUGUGGUUGACACGGAACUUUCUGACCGUUUAAUCCCAAUCCUUAGUUUAUCAAUACAAACCAAACAAAUCCUUGAUUUCCAAGACAUUCUUCAACGUUUCACGUUCGACAACAUCUGCAAAAUCUCAUUUGGUUUCGAUCCAGAGUACCUAACACCAUCAACUAACAAAACAAGCUUUGCAAAAGCAUUCGAAGAUGCAACAGAAAUAAGCGGUAAACGUUUUCGUUUACCAUUACCAGUUAUAUGGAAAAUGAAAAAAUGUUUCAACAUAGGUUCAGAAAAACGUUUACAUGAAGCAAUAACACAAGUACGCGAAUUCGCAAAAAAAAUAAUUCGAGAAAAAAAGCUAGAGUUAAAACAAAAAUUAUCACUUCAAACUGAAGACAUGUUAUCGCGUUUGUUAAGUUCAAGUCAUUUUGAGGAAGAUUUUGUAACAAAUAUUGUAAUAAGUUUUAUAUUGGCCGGAAAAGAUUCAACUUCUGCAGCGUUGACGUGGUUUUUUUGGUUAUUAUGGAAAAAUCCACGGGUCGAAGAGGAAAUUUUGAAGGAAAUAAAUGAGAAAUCUACAUCUUUGGAUUAUGAUGAAGUGAAGACAAUGGUUUAUACACACGCCGCGCUGAGUGAGAGUAUGAGAUUGUAUCCACCUGUACCGAUGGAUAGUAAAGAAGCAAUAAACGACGAUGUUUUACCAGAUGGAAAAGUCGUGAAAAAGGGGACUAUGAUUACUUAUCAUGUGUAUGCAAUGGGGAGGAUGGAGAGUUUAUGGGGGGAGGAUUGGGCCGAGUUUAGGCCCGAAAGGUGGUUGGAGAAUGAUGGAUAUGGGAAGCGGGCUUUUGUGCCGAGAGAUCCUUUUACUUAUCCGGUUUUUCAGGCUGGGCCGAGGAUUUGUUUGGGGAAAGAAAUGGCAUUUAUGCAAAUGAAAAGGAUUGUUGCUGGUAUUGUUGGGAAGUUUAAGGUUGUUCCAGAACCUCAUUUGGCCGAACAUCCGAAUUUCAUUUCUUUCGUGACUUCGCAGAUGGAAGGUGGAUUUCCUGUCACCGUUCACAAAAGGAUUCCUUGAUUAAUUAUUAACAUUCAUAUUAGUUAUAUAUUAAUCAAGAAAAAAUACGGGUUAUUUUUAA